AUGUCCGUAUCUGAUGGGGCAGCAUUGGCCAGCAGCGAUGAGGAGGCAAUGCCCGUUAGCAGCCAUCCGAGCGCCCAUCGGGACUACAGUGAUUCGCGGCUGGAGCGCGUGGCCAACUACACAACGACCACAAUGCGUCUGAAGCCCGACAAAUGGGCCAAAAUGAUGGCCAACGAUGAGUUCCGGUGCAUUGUGUUGGACUGGUUGCAUGGAAGAAGUCGUGUAUUGGUCAUGACACUCAGCUCUGGCAGCGAUCUCGUGCCGCGUAGCUGUGUGAGCGACUUGUAUUGCAAUUACAUGUUGCAAGGCAAUGUUCAGCGUGCCACCGUGGCUGCCACAAGCGAUGCCGGUGGCACGGCCGCCGCCUCCAUCUCAGCCACAGCAGCCGUGGUGGCAGCGGCAACGACAACGGGUGCACUGCUCGUGGCAAUGCCACCAGCUUCCUCGAGCUUCACCACAUUGGAUGGAGUGCCGCGUGGCAAGUGUGCCUACUUCAUACGCCACAAUCUGGCCGUGCCACUGACAGCCGACAACUUUCAGAGUUCGGUACUCUAUGGUGACUUUCCCGUUCACAGUAAAAUCGAAACAAUGUCGCUGCUGUUCGAUGAAGUGUUGCAGCCACUGUUGGAACAGGCUCAAGGACAUUGGCCAACGCCCGUACGCAAGGAUUUGCAGAGUCGCAUUAAGGACGUCCGCAACGCUCUAACCGAGAUUAAGGGCAAAACCAACAAUCGCACAAUUUUAUCGUUAUUAGUUUCGCCAACAAUCGUCGAGGCAGUCGCCAUCCAAGUCGACCAGGGGAACCUUAGACCAGCGAUGGAUCCAAAGUUUCGCAAUGUGCUCGAGGAGAUGUUCAUUAAUUGGACAACCCAAAUGCAUGAUAUUGUUAUGGAGCGUUCCGAGUCCAUCGGUCUGACCGGCAAUCCAGUUGCAGCCACAACAUCGAUGUUGACCUCGAAGCAUCUUAAUCUGGUAUCGCUGCCACCUCAGGAGAUUGCAUUCUGGACGAAUCGCAAGCUGAAUCUGCAGAACAUUUAUGAGCAGUUGCGGGAGCCAAUGCACAAGACGUUGGCCCACAUUCUGGAGAGGAUUGAGUCAGUAUAUUAUGAGCCCUAUGCCAAGGCCUUUCGUCAGCUAUUGACUGCCUGGAUGGAGGCAAAGGAUGUCUCGCUCUGGUUGCAACCUCUGUUGCGUCAAACGUCCGCCUUCAACUCGGUGCAGUUCAGCAAUGGGCAGGAGUUGAUUGUCCCCAUGGUGCAUGUGCUGCAUCUGAUCUGGACCAAUGCUCGAUUUUAUCGAAGCAGCCAAAGGAUGAGUGUCUUGUUGCGUUGCAUUUGCAACAUGCUGGUGCAUCGUGCUGCCGAGGACUUGGAAUUCCCAAUGCUCUUUCAAGGCGAUGCCGACGAAGGUCUGCAAAGAAUCAAUAAAACUGGAGAAGUUCUCGAGUUCUUCAAACAGCGUACACUCGAGUACAAGGAACGCUAUGCAAGCAGCCAAGUCCUGUUACCGGCUUUGCCCGGGUCAACAACUGCUUCUGCAGCUGCAUCCCCGACUCCUGACGACCAGCAGCAGCUGUGGCGCUUCUCAAACGAACAGGUGUUUGGCCAAACACUUGAUGGCUUCCUCUUGCAACUCUCAGAGCUGCGUCAUGUCUUCGAGGCGGCAGUUCAAUUUCAGCAGCUGGAGAAGCUCGAAAUUGGCGGAAUUCGUGGUAAAUUGCUCACUGAGCGUAUCAGACAGAUCUUUAAUGAAUUCAAGGUGCUCUUUGAGCAAUGGACAGAUGUGGACAUAGAUCUUACAGCUCCGGCAGCGCACAAAUGGAAGUGCUUCAAACGAGAACAAGUCAUCUUCUUUGGUCGCAUGCAACUCUUGGAGCAGAAGUUGGCCACGGUUCUCCUGCAGGCAUUCGAGCAGUGUCACAGCUGGAUGAAUCUCCACAAGCUGACACUCAUGUUUGGCUGUCUGCUGCAAAGGAGGGUUGUCCAGGUGGAGCUAGUGCGUCUACUUCCACAUAUACUGAGCAUCUACCAGGAGGAGCUGCAACAGCUGGAGGGGGGUGUGGCAGAUGUGCUCGUGGACUUUCAGAUACAUGGACUGGCGGCUUUGCCCUUGGCCGGGAACUUUCCGCCCAUUGCAGGAGCUAUGAUGUGGCUGGAGCAGCAUUUGCAUCGCUGCGAUGAGCUCGGAUCGAAGGAACUCACACAGCUCAUACAGACAUUAUUGAGGCAGAAAUCGGAGCUCAUAACGCUGCCUGUGCAAUGGGAUGCCCUGUGCUGUCGUCGCAAUAUUCUGACCACCAAAAUGUGCAAUCUACAGCUUAAAAUCUGGCACAAUUGGCAGCAGGACAUUCAAAGACUCAUUGCUCAGGGAUUGGCAGAGCCCGUCCUGACUCAACCCGCAGCUGGUCAGGAACUGCAACCGAAUUUCGCCCAGGCUUUGUUCACGCUGCUCAAGGAAACGAAAUAUCUGCUGGCUCUACAGGCUUCUGGCAGCCUCUCAUCCCAGCUCUUUCAAAUGCCCGACGAGCUGCUCUCGUUGUAUGUCCAGAAAGAUGCCUAUUGGCAGCGUCGCAUUCGUCUCAUCAAAAUUGAUGAGUUCUACAACGGCAUUCGGACAGGUCAAUGUGCUCAGGCUGAACUGCAGCUCAUUUCCGGCGAGCUGGCCACAAUUGAUGCCCAAGUGGCGACUGCUUGUGCACAGUUGACCUGGUCCAGUUAUGAUGAGCAGCUCAUUGAGAGCAUCUACGAGCAGGCUCACGGUUUGUUUGGCCGUCUUCAGCAAUCGCACGGCAAUCUGGAGGCUAUAUUGGCCAGCAUGCAUCGCUGGAGCCGAGAGCCACUGCAUCAGCGUAGUCUCUACGGUCGCAAUCUGUUGGAUCUGCGGCAUCAGCAGGACCGUGUCCGUCUCCGUCUGUUGCAAUGCGAUGAGACGCGAAUGCUGCUAAAUCGUUUGUUGAUUGCCAACUUUUGUUUAUUCUUCAACUACGAGACACAGCAAUUUCAAUUGUAUUCCCGUGACCUCAGUGUGCAGGAGUUUGUGCGCGAAUUUCCGAAAGAGCAGCGACGUCAGUUUAACAAGUAUUUGGCCAAAGUUGAUGAGUUGAUUUACCGUGAAGUGCGACUGGCAAUGAGGAUCAGUUUAGAGUAUUUGCACAAGGAAAUGACAGCAACAGCGACGGCAACUGCAGACAAGGCCUUGUUGCUGCUACAACAAAUCACAAUGCCGCCAGCAACAACAACAGCGACAGCAACAGCGACAGCGACAAUAAUACCAGCAGCAACAACAACCGAAGGAACAGGAACAACAAACGAUGCACCGCUAUUCGAAGUGAAAUUGGAGUUGACGGAAACGGAAAUACGUUUUUCGCCUGCCUUUGAUGCAAGUGUUGAAAAUAAUUUUCAACAAAUUGUCGAGCAGCUGUUGCUGGAUAUAAAACAGACAUGCGACUGCAUGCCAAGAAUUGUGUCUGAGAAUGCGCACUCCGACGACGACGACGACGACGAUGAGGAUGAUGAUGAUGAUGAAGAAAAGAAGGAGGAAAAAUAUAAGGAGUUUAAGUUGAAUCCAGUUGCAGCACAAACCAUCAACAUGUUGGCCAUGGCCAAGGCAAAGGCAAAGGCAACUGCCAGCAGCAUUGAUGACUUGGAAAUGUUGCGCGCCGCAAUAUGUGACGCUUUGGAGAACACGGUGCAGGCGGCGUUGAAUUAUGCUGCUAAAUUCCACGCCUAUGAGUUUCUUUGGAGUCAACAGAGCGCCGACGUCCUUGCGUCCUGCAUGCAAACGGCCCGCGAACAGACGACCCACAUCAGCGCCAGUGGCUAUGCCAUCAUGGAGACUUUCAAAAAGGAGAUUGAGCGAUACAACGAAUUGCACGAAGUCAUCGAGCAGUUUGAGGAUCGUCAUUGCAUCAACGGUUGGUUGGCUUUGGAUGUGAAACCCUUGAAGCAUGGACUACUGAAUUCGGUGUGCAAAUGGUCCCACCUCUUUAAGCAAUGGCUUUUGCGUUAUGUGCAGCAAACGCUUAAGGAGCUGAACACAUUCAUUGCGCGCAGCCAGGAGACAUUGCAGCUGUUCAUAGCACGCCAGGACUUUGCAGCGCUGCUUCGUGUUCUUUCCGUCAUGGCAGAGAUUCGACAACGGGAGCCGUAUGCGGACAAUGUCUUCAAGCCGCUCAAGGACAUUAUGGCGCUGCUAAAGACCUACAAUGUGGAAUUUGAGGGGCAGCUGCUGCGCAACAUUGAGCAGCUGCCGCUGCACUGGCAACAACUGAAGCAGCAGGCGCUCGCCAAACAGGAGGCACUCCAGGACACGCGCUUCUAUCAACAGCAGCGCGUAACGGCACUCAUUGGCCUGCAUACGUGCCACGUGCAAUACUAUGCGAAACAGUUUCAAAAAAUGCCAUUCUUUCGGGUGCCCUGUCCACAAGUCUACGAUGCCUGUGACGAGGUCUACGUGCAACUCCAUCGUUUUGGCAAGCAACAGCGCCGAUAUGCCCGCUGGGCACGGCUUCUAGACAUUCCGGAGCCCGAUACGGUCAAACUGCAGCAUUGCCGGACUGAACUGAAACGUGUAAAGCAAUUGUGGGACUUUGUGUGCGUCAUCGAAUCCUGCAUUGUUGACUGGCAUACGACACCUUGGCUCCGCAUCGAUACCGACGACAUGGAGCACGAGUGUAAGAAGUUCACGCGGGAUUUGCGCACUCUAGACAAAUGCAUCAGAGACUGGGCCCCCUAUGUUUACAUUGUCAGCGUACUCCGUGAGCUGGUUGCCUCCCUACGCGCUGUUACCGAACUUCAAAAUCCGGCAAUUACCGAACGACAUUGGUUGGAGCUUAUGCAGCUGUCAAAGCUUUCGUUCAAAAGCAACACAUCGACAACUCUGGAGCAAUUGUUGAGCCUGCAGCUGCAACAGCAUGAGGAGGACAUUAAGAACACCGUGGAUCGUGCUAUUAAAGAGAUGACUGUGACAAAGGUGCUGGAUGAUAUUAAAGCGACAUGGUCACAUUUGGAAUUCGAAUUGGAACCGCAUCAAAGUCGCCCCAAUGUGCGGUUACUUAAAGUCUCCGAGGAAUUAAUUGAAACGCUCGAUGAUAAUCAAAUGCAACUGCAGAAUAUUUCAACCUCAAAGCACAUUGAAUAUCUGCUGGAUAAGUUGUCCCACUGGCAACGUGUGCUCAGUGGCAUUGAUACCUUAAUCAUUAACUGGUUUGAGGUGCAACGCAAAUGGAUUUAUCUAGAGUGCAUUUUUAUUGGCUCCACGGACAUACGUUCCCAGUUGCCCGAAGAUGCCGCCAAUUUUGAAAGCAUCGAUGAGGACUUCACUAAUUUGCUGGCAAGGGUUACCCAAGUCAGGAUUGUGAUGGAGGUGGUGUUGCAGCAUGAGGAUGUACACUCCCAGUUACUGGAACUGCAACAACGUCUGGCCAUUUGUGAGAAGGCAUUGAAUGAUUAUUUGGAGACAAAACGUUUGGCCUUUCCCCGCUUCUAUUUCAUCUCGGCUGCUGAUCUUCUCGACAUUCUCUCCAAUGGCAACAAUCCUCAGGUAAUUGACCGGCAUCUCAUCAAACUGUUUGAUUCCAUAUUGAGGCUGCAGUACGAGACGAAUACCACACAUGCUCUGGGCAUGCACUCCAAGGAGAAUGAUGAGUAUGUGGCCUUUGUGGCCAACCAAGAUCAGGAGCAGUUAAGCUUCAUCGAUUGCAGUGGUCGUGUGGAGCUCUGGCUUCGUGCUGUUAUCCAACAAAUGCGCAACACACUCCACGAACUCUUCCGACGGGCUCUCUCCGUCUUUGGCGAGAAACCCCGGGAUCUUUGGCUAUACGAUUGGCCAGCCCAGGUUGCUCUGUGUUGCAGUCAGAUUCACUGGACCACGGAUGUGAAUCGCACGUUCGCCUCCAUGGAGGAGGGCUACGAGGGCGCCAUGAAGGAGCUGCACAAGCGCCAGAUAGCCCAACUUAAUGCCUUAAUCAAUCUCCUGCUUGGUGAACUCUCUCCUGGAGAUCGACAGAAAAUCAUGACCAUCUGCACCAUCGAUGUCCACUCACGUGAUGUCAUUGGCAAAGUUAUCACAACGAAGGUGGACAACUCCUUGGCCUUUCAGUGGCAAAGUCAGCUACGACAUCGCUGGGACGAUGAUCAGUCCGGAAGCUCCAGUGGCUGUGGCACUGCCACAAUCAGUGCAGGAGGCGGUGAAGAGGAUUGCUUUGCCAAUAUCUGCGAUGCCGAGUUCCGUUAUGCUUAUGAGUAUCUAGGUAACACUUCCAGGUUGGUCAUCACACCCCUCACGGAUCGCUGCUACAUUACACUAACCCAGUCGCUGCAUCUUGUGAUGGGUGGUGCACCUGCUGGACCAGCGGGAACGGGGAAAACGGAGACGACGAAGGACCUGGGCCGAGCGUUGGGCGUAAUGGUUUAUGUCUUCAACUGUUCGGAGCAAAUGGACUACAAAUCUUGCGGCAACAUUUACAAAGGCCUGGCCCAGACCGGCGCAUGGGGAUGCUUUGACGAGUUCAAUCGCAUCUGCGUGGAGGUCCUGUCCGUGGUGGCAGUCCAGGUGAAGACCAUACAGGAGGCGAUAAAGAUGCAUAAAACCCAAUUUAUCUUUAUGGGCGAGCGCAUCUCACUGGAGCCGUCGGUUGGCAUUUUUAUCACCAUGAAUCCGGGCUAUGCCGGCCGCACGGAGCUGCCGGAGAACCUGAAAACAUUGUUUCGUCCGUGCGCCAUGAUUGUGCCGGACUUUGCUUUGAUUUGUGAGAUUAUGUUAAUGGCCGAGGGAUUCCAGGAUGCUCGUCUGCUGGCACGCAAAUUUAUCACACUCUACACUCUGUGCAAGGAACUGCUGUCCAAGCAGGAUCAUUACGAUUGGGGUCUCCGGGCCAUAAAGUCCGUUCUCGUGGUGGCUGGUACCUUGAAACGCGAUGACCACAGCAGGCCUGAGGAUCAGGUGUUAAUGCGCGCUCUGCGUGACUUUAACAUACCCAAGAUUGUUACAGAGGAUGUGCCCAUAUUUAUGGGCCUGAUAGGCGACCUAUUUCCCGCUUUGGAUGUGCCACGUAAGCGUGUUUUUGAAUUCGAGAAAACCAUUCGCCGUGCGGUGAAUGAAAUUAAGCUACAGCCCGAGGAGGGAUUCCUCAUGAAGGUCGUGCAGCUCCAGGAGCUUCUCGAUGUGCGUCAUUCCGUGUUCAUUGUUGGAGAUGCGGGCACGGGUAAAACAAAGAUCUGGCAAACACUGCGAGAAACUUAUCGCAUACAGAAACUAAAGCCAGUUUGUCAUGUGCUCAACCCAAAGGCUCUAUCCAAUGAUGAACUCUUUGGCAUUGUAAAUCCCACCACACGCGAGUGGAAGGAUGGACUCUUCUCCUCUAUAAUGCGAGAACAGGCCAAUAUGCCGCCGGGGAAUCCCAAGUGGAUUGUGCUCGAUGGCGACAUUGAUCCCAUGUGGAUUGAAAGUCUCAACACCUUGAUGGAUGACAAUAAGAUCUUGACAUUGGCCAGCAACGAACGCAUCUCGUUGAAGCGUGAGAUGCGUCUGCUCUUCGAGGUGGGACACCUCAAGGCAGCGACCCCUGCAACCGUCUCCCGAGCUGGCAUAUUAUACAUCAAUCCACAGGAUCUGGGCUGGUCCCCCUAUGUCUCGUCUUGGCUGGAGUCCCGUGUUAACAUGAUCGAGCGGGGAAUACUGACGACACUCUUUGAAAAGUAUUUUCCCAGCUUGAUGCAGAAGCAGCGCGAUUUUCGUCGCAUUACGCCCAUCACAGAUAUGGCCAUGAUACAAAUGACAUGUCACCUGCUCGAGUGUCUUCUGGACUCUGACCAAAUGGCCGAGGAUGGGACAGGUGCUCGGGGGGGAGGUGCUGCCGUCAGUGGGCACAGUCUGCACCAUGUGGAGCUGUCGCAUGAGUCUGCUGAGCUGGCAUUAGAGACAAUCUUUGUGUAUGUGACGCUGUGGAGCUUUGGUUCGGCAUUGCAUCAGGAUAGCAUUAUUGAUUGGCAUCGCGAGCUGCACAAAUGGUGGACGGGGGAGUUCAAGGACGUUAAGUUGCCCAGUCAGGGCACCGUAUUUGACUAUCAACUAAAUGUGCAAACACUGAAGUUCCAACGUUGGUCCGAAUUGGCCACCCACGACCAACUGGACUGUCAAAUCGAUGCUGAGCUGCCAUUGCAGAACGUGCUCGUUUCAACUGCAGAGACCACACGGCUGGCCUACUUCCUCAAGCUGCUUAUCGACCGCAAUCUUGCCUGCAUGCUGGUGGGCAGCUCUGGCUGCGGCAAGGGUGCCAUCUUCCGUGAGCUCUUCAGCAAAUAUGCCAGCGCACAGGAGCUCCUUGAAAUUGCAGUGACAGCUGUCAGCAACAGCAGCAACCAGUCACAGCAUCAGCAACAGCAGCAACAACAACAACAACAACAACAACAACAACAUGUGGCUGUUGCAAACGUUAACAACGUCAGCGUGCGUCGGAAGUCGUCCUCCUCAACACCAUUGUUGACCACAGUGCAGGCAACGCACUUCAACUUCUAUACCACAUCUGAGAUAUUCCAGAAGAUGCUAGACCGCCCGCUGGAGAAGAAGUCCGGCCGUUGCUAUGCACCCAGCGGACCCAAGCGACGGCUCAUCUACUUUGUGAAUGAUCUGAACAUGCCCGAGGUGGAUGAAUAUGGCACAGUACAACCACAUACCAUUAUGCGUCAGUUCAUGGACUACAAGCAAUGGUAUGAUCGCCAGAGACUGCAAUUAAAAGAUAUUCGUCACUGUCAGUUUGCCGCCUGCAUGAAUCCCACUGCAGGCUCAUUCACCAUCGAUCCGCGGCUGCAGCGCCAUUUCUGUGUGUUCUCCGUGGCGUCACCUGGCGAGGAGAUGCUGCACUACAUAUACAGCAAUAUACUGAACAAUCAUCUGGAGCAGCCAGCGCAGGGUUUCAGCAAAGAAAUCCGAUCAAUUGGCAAUCUGCUGGUGCAGGUGGGAAUCGCCCUUCAUCGUCGUGUAGAAUAUGCCUUCUUGCCAACGGCCAUCAAGUUUCAUUACAUCUUCAAUCUGCGUGACCUGACGAACAUCUAUCAGGGUGUCAUGAAUAGUGUGGGUGCACCUGUAUCGGCGGGUGGUGCAGGCAGCAGUUACGGUGGCACAAUUUGCAGCAAACCCGCUGAGCUGAUGAGAUUGUAUGUUCAUGAGGCAUAUCGGGUUUAUCAUGAUCGUCUAGUUGAUCAGUAUGAUAUUAAAUCCUUCAAGUCUUCGAUAAGGGACAUCUUUAAGAAGGACUUUGAGGACUUUGAUGAGGACUUUGUGUUUGCGGAGCCUUUGAUUUACAGCCACUUUGCGCAAUCGCUGGUGGAUCAAAAGUAUAUGCCAGUAAAGAGCUGGGAUUCACUCUAUCAGCUGCUGCUGGAGGCGCAGUCUAGCUACAAUGACAUUGUGGGAUACAUGAAUCUGGUGCUGUUUGAGGAUGCCAUGAUACACAUAUGUCGCAUCAAUCGCAUUCUGGAGAGUCCGCGUGGAAAUGCUUUGCUUAUUGGCGUCGGAGGAUCUGGAAAACAGACCCUAGCUCGCCUGGCCGCCUUCAUCUCCUCGCUGAGUGUUUCUCAGAUUCAAAUCAAACGCGGCUUUGGUCUACUCGACAUGAGGGAUGAGAUUGCCAGUCUCUACAUGAAAGUGGGACUCAAGAAUGUGGCGUCUGUUUUCCUUAUAUCAGAUGCCCAGUUGCCCGACGAGUCCAUACUGAUGCUCAUUAAUGAUCUGCUGGCCUCUGGUGAAAUACCUGAACUCUUCAACGACGAUCAACUGGAGACGAUCAUAAAUGGCAUUCGGAAUGAGGUGAAGCAAAGUGGCACCCUCGACACCAAGGAGAAUUGUUGGCGUUAUUUUGUGGAGAAAGUUCGACGUCUCCUGAAAGUUGUGCUCUGUUUCUCACCAGUUGGACAAACAUUACGCAUACGGGCCAGAAAGUUCCCGGCUAUUAUCAGUCGCACAGCAAUUGACUGGUUCCACGAGUGGCCCAGGAGCGCAUUGGAGUCCGUAUCCCAAAAGUUUCUCAACGAAAUCAGUGACAUUUUGGAGCCGCAACUCAUACCGCCCAUCGGCUGCUUUAUGGCCUACGUCCACGGCACAGUGAAUCAGAUAUCGAAAAUUUAUCUGCAGAAUGAAAAACGUUACAACUACACGACCCCAAAAACAUUUCUCGAAUACAUUUUCCUCUACCGCAAACUGUUGGUGGACAAAAACGGUGAAUUCGCCCAACGCAUCUCCCGUCUACAAAGCGGCAUGGCCAAGUUGGCCGAAUGCGCCCGCCAGGUUGACACCCUAAAACAUCAACUGGCCAUCCAAGAGGUUCAACUGGCCGCCAAAAAUGCGGCUGCCGACAAGCUGAUUGGAAUUGUUAGUGCCGAGAGUGAAAAGGUAAAGCGUGAACGCUUCACAGCCUCCGAGGAGGAGAAACGAGUGCGCAUCAUAGAGGAGGAUGUUUCGAUUAAAACCAAAUUGUGUGAGCAGGAUUUGCGACAGGCCGAACCGGCACUCGUCGCUGCCCAGGCAGCACUCAAUACUCUCAAUAAGAACAAUCUCACCGAAUUGAAGUCCUUUGGUUCACCGCCAAAGGCUGUGAUUAAUGUAUGUGCUGCUGUGAUGGUUUUACUGGCAACGAAUGGGAAAAUACCACGUGAUCGCAGCUGGAAGACAGCCAAGUUGAUGAUGGUGCGUGUGGAUCAGUUUCUUAGCGAUUUGGUCAACUACAACAAAGACAACAUACAUCCGAAUAUCAUUGAGACGCUGCAGGAGUAUCUCAAGGAUCCGGAGUUCAAUCCCGAUAAGGUUGUGCAAAAGUCUGUGGCCGCAGCCGGCCUUUGUGCCUGGGUUAUCAAUCUGUAUCGUUAUCACCAGGUCUUUCUAAUAGUUGGCCCCAAGCAGCAGGCGUUGCAGGACUCUCAGCAGGAGCUGUUCGAAGCGCGUGAACGUCUGCAGUAUCUCAAGUUGAAAAUUAACAAUCUGCAGGACAAACUGGCCGAGAUACAGGCCGAGUUCGAGAAUGCCGUGGCCGAAAAGCAAAAGUGCCAACGUGAGGCGGACAAGACGUCCUUUACCAUCGAUCUGGCGCAUCGCUUGGUCAAUGGACUGGCCAACGAGAAUGUGCGCUGGCGGGAGUCCGUACAGAGUUUACAGGCAAAGAUUGGCACUCUGCCGGGUGAUAUACUAUUAAUUUCCUCAUUCCUGUCGUACGUGGGCUGUUUUACCCGACGCUAUCGUGAGGAGCUGCAGCAGAAGAUGUGGCUGCCGAGUUUUCGCAAAAUGGAUCCCCACAUUCCGCACACGGAGGGCGUCGAUCCAUUGUCGCUGUUGUCUGACGAUGCACAAAUUGCCACUUGGAACAAUGAGGGAUUACCCAUGGAUGGUAUGUCCACGGAGAACGCGACAAUAUUGCAGCAUUCAACACGCUGGCCACUGAUGAUCGAUCCACAGCUUCAAGGAAUUAAGUGGAUCAAGAGCCGCUUUGGAGCCAGUCUGGUGGUGCUGCGGCUCACACAGCGUGGAUUUCUGGAGGCACUCGAAAAGUCCAUUUCACGUGGCGACACGGUGCUCAUUGAACAAAUCGAGGAGACGAUGGACACGGUGCUGGAGCCACUUCUCAGUCGCGCUCUGAUCAAAAAGGGACGUUUCUUGCGUAUUGGCGAAAAGGAAAUGGAGUUUAACCCAAAUUUCCGACUCAUUUUGCAUACCAAGCUGGCCAAUCCGCAUUACAAGCCGGAAAUGCAGGCGCAGACAACACUGAUUAACUUUACGGUGACACCAGAUGGUCUCGAGGAGCAGCUGCUUGCGGAAGUGGUCAAAAUUGAGCGUCCAGAUUUGGAGCAAAUGAAAACUGAGGUCACUCUGCAGCAGAACAUGUUCAAAAUCUCACUCAAAGCGCUCGAGGAUGAGCUGCUGGCCAGACUGGCCUCUGCCGGUGAGAAUGUGCUCGAAGAUCAUGCAUUGGUUCUCAAUUUGGAGAACACCAAGCGCACGGUUGAUGACAUUGAAUGCAAGGUGCGAGAGGCGCAUCUGACCACAUUGCAAAUUGAUGAGACGAGGAAUAUUUAUCGAGCUGCAGCCAAACGUGCUGCAAUCUUAUACUUUGUGCUCACGGAUCUCAAUAGAAUCAAUCCCAUUUACAAGUUCUCCUUGAAGUCCUUUAUGCAUGUCUUUCGUCAGGCCAUUGCCGUUGCGCCGAACUGCAAGAGCUAUGAGAAGCGUGUACUCCAUUUGGUGGACUCCAUAACCCUGCAGACCUAUCGUUAUACCCUGCGUGGUCUCUUCGAGGCGGACAAGCUAACAUUUACCUCUCACUUGACGCUGCGCAUUAUGAUUGCCGCCGAGCAGGUGGCCAAGGAUGAGACAGACUUCCUGCUGCGUUAUCCUCAUGAUCCGAAUACGCUUUCUCCAUUGGAUUUUGUGGGUCGCAGUGCCUGGGGCGGCAUCAAGUCCUUGGCCUUGAUCGAACACUUUUAUGGCAUUGACAAGGACAUGGAGAACUAUACGAAGCGUUGGCGCAAAUUUUUGGCCAGCGAUACGCCGGAGAGGGAACAGUUUCCGGGUGAGUGGAAGCAUCGCACUCCGCUUCAGAAACUGUGCAUUGUGAGAGCUCUGCGUCCGGAUCGCAUGACCUAUGCCAUGGCCCAGUUUGUGGAGCAGACAAUGGGACGUGCUUAUGCCGAGGUGCAGACGCCUCCAUUUGCGGCCAUCUUCAAGGAGCUGAAUUCAGCCACGCCUGCCUUCUUUAUACUCUCGCCGGGCGUGGAUCCCAUCCGUGAUGUGGAACGUUUUGGACAGCAGCAGGGAUUCCAUGCAGAUGCCGGCACGUUGAUCAACAUCUCCCUCGGCCAGGGACAGGAACUGCUGGCCGAGGAAGCCAUUGAGCAAUCCCUAUCAUCGGGUGAGCAGUGGGUAAUACUCCAGAACAUCCAUCUGGUGGUCAACUGGUUGCCCACGCUGGAGAAGCUCAUCGAGCGAAUUGUGUUGCAAUCGGAAACACAAGGAAAUUCCAAUUUCCGUUUGUUCAUCAGUGCUGAGCCCGCUCCCGAUCCCCAGUACCAUAUCAUACCGCAGGGAGUGCUGGAGUCCUCGUUGAAGGUGGUCAAUGAGCCUCCAGCUGGCAUGGCCGCCAAUCUGCACAAGGCCUGGGAUAAUUUCUCCCAGGAAACGCUAGAGACGUGCACUCAGGAGGCGGAGUUCAAGUCCAUACUCUUUGCCCUCUGCUACUUCCAUGCCGUGGCGGGAGAACGGCGCAAGUUCGGACCACAGGGAUGGAACAAGGUGUAUCCUUUCAAUGUGGGUGACCUGACCAUAUCGGCGAAUGUGUUACACAACUAUCUGGAGGGCAGCAAUCGCAUACCAUGGGAGGAUCUGCGAUAUCUCUUUGGCGAGAUCAUGUACGGUGGCCACAUCACCGACGACUGGGACAGACGCCUCUGCCAAACGUUCCUGGAGGAGCUGCUGCAGCAGGACCUCAUUGAUGGCGACUUUGAACUGUGUCCUGGCUUUCCGGCACCGCCCAAUCUAGAGUUCGAGGGUUACCAUGGCUACAUCACGGAAAUGCUGCCAGAAGAAUCUCCAUUGCUCUAUGGACUCCAUCCCAAUGCAGAGAUUGGCUUCCUCACGAGCGCCUCGGAGCAACUGCUACGCACGAUCUUUGAGCUGCAGCCCCGUGAAUCCGAGCUGAGCACCCACUGUGGCGCACCGCGAGAGGAGCUCGUAAAGAUCAUGAUCGAUGACUUCCUUGACAAACUGCAGGACGAGUUCAAUCUGCAGGCGCUGCUCAAUCGCGUGGAAAGAAAGACACCUUUUGUGGUCGUCGCCCUGCAGGAAUGUGAACGCAUGAAUGCUCUAAUCCGAGAGAUUAAACGAUCCUUGCGAGAAUUGAUGCUCGGCUUAAAGGGCGAACUGACCAUCACACAGGAAAUGGAACGUCUGGACUAUGCCAUCUUCUAUGAUCACGUGCCAUCGGCCUGGGCUCAGUUGGCCUAUCCCAGCAUGUUGGGACUUCAAGGCUGGUUUGCUGAUCUCCUGCAUCGCAUCAAGGAGCUCGCGGGUUGGCUUAAUGACUUUAAGUUGCCCUGUGCCAUCUGGCUAGGCGGACUCUUCAAUCCGCAGAGCUUUCUCACGGCCAUCAUGCAGGAAAGUGCGAGGAAACAUGAUCUUCCCCUCGAUCGCAUGCUGAUCAGCUGCGAUGUCACCAAAAAACAGAAAGAUGACGUCACCUUACCGCCGCUAGAGGGCGCAUUUGUGCAUGAGCUGUAUCUGGAUGGCGCCAGCUGGGAUUGCCAGUUGAACUCUAUUGUUGCCCUGCAUCCCAAGGAACUGCUCUGCGCCAUGCCUGUCGUCUACAUCAAGUCCAUUGUCCAGGAGAAACAGGAACUCCAACGUGUCUACGAGUGUCCGCUCUACAAGACCAGGUCGCGUGGCAACACCUACGUCUGGACGCUUAAUUUGAAGACGCGUGACCGUCCGGCCAAAUGGAUACUAGCCGGUGUUGCCCUUUUGUUGCAACCAUAGAUUACAAUUUGUUACCAGACAAAAGGCGGCUUCAUUGUUUGCCACAUCAUCUUCAAUUUCAGUCCAAUUAUGUAUUUAUAGUGCCGUCGCCACACCACGAAAUUACGCGGUAAUUACUCUAGUCAACGCAA